AUGGCAUCACCACAAGGUCCCCCAACGUCGUACGGCGUGCUUCUCUACCCCGGGUUCGAAGUCCUCGACGUCGCCGGCCCGAUUGAGUGCCUCAACACACUCACCGACCAGCUCACCGACCAGAAGCUCACCCUGUCCAUCAUCGGCCGGCCGGUCGACGGCGCCUCCCAGGUCCCGGCGCCCGUGUCGCCCGCGAACCCCCAGGACGGAACGCCGGAGAGCGACCGCCGCAUCGACAGCUUCAACUUUAAAUCCGCGCAAAUCUACCAGCCGACGCACACGUUUGACACGGCGCCCCCGCUCGACAUCCUGAUUGUCGGCGGCGGCUGGGGCAGCCUCCCGACGGACAAGGUGGCGCCGGAGAUGGCCUUUCUCAAAAAGACGUUUCCGUCGCUGCGGUGCCUCUUCACCGUGUGCACCGGCUCGGCCGUCGCGGCGCGCGCCGGCUUGCUCGACGGCCUCCGCGCGACGUCCAACAAGGCAAACUGGGCGGCCGUGACGGAGUGCGGCCCGCGCACGCACUGGGUGGCGCGCGCACGCUGGGUCGUGUCGGGCAAGGUGUGGACGACGUCGGGCGUCAGCGCGGGCAUGGACGGGAUGCUGGCGCUUCUGCGCGAGCAGUACCCCGAGGAGCAGCACCCGGGCCUGGUUGACAAGAUUGCAAACGAGAUGGAGUAUCGGUACGAGGCGGAUCCCUCGCAGGACCCGUUUGCGGAUGUCUUUGGAGCGGAGGACGUGCCGCCGCAGAAGUAG